GUGAAAGGAGGCGGGUGCCUCUCGUUUACCUCCCCAUGCUGUCUGCGCUUCGCUCGGUCACAGUGAACUUUGGCAAAGCGCUCUGUGGAUGCUGGCAGGAGUCGCUUUUUUCUCGGGCGCUGCUGGCACGCGCUGUGGAUGCGAAACAAACAACAGCAAGGUGACUGUUUGAAUAUGAAUCCGGACCCUACUGGGAAAGACAGUCGUGUUUAAAAAUCCAACGCGAACUUAUGUGUGACGUACCGUGGAUUUUCAGUGUCUAAAACAUCCUGUAAUGAAAUAUGAAAGCGAGGAGGAAUUCCACAUACCCCCUUAAAAUGGGAUAAACUCAACGUGCCAUAGGAUAUGACAGACGUGGGAAAAUGCGAGUUUAGCUCUGCAUGAAGUUUGGAGUUGUCAAAACCAUAUGUGGCGAGAUGUGGCGGAAUAUACCUGAACAAGACAUCAUGGCAGAACUUUAUGAGAAGAGAUAAUCAUUGUUUGGGUAAAUUGAGAGGGGCACAGAGGCUAUGGUGAACUCAUCCCCAGCGGUCGCUGCUCACGCAGAGGGUGAAGAGAUCGAGGUGCUAGAGAGCACUGAUGUCCUUCCUGUAGCUCCAGAAGACCAAUGGAAGUGUCUUUUUGAUAAGUAUGACCCAGAGAAUUCAGGCUUCAUCAGUACUGAGCGUUUCCGAGACCUGCUUGCGGCUCAUGGAUCAGAACUGGACCCCCACAAGCUGGAGGUUCUUCUUGCCCUGGCUGAUGGAAAUGCUGAUGGAAAGAUCUGCUACCAGGAUUUUGUUAACCUGGUGAGUUCUGAAGAUGAACUUGAGAUGAGCAACAAGCGCUCAAACAGUUUCCGUCGAGCGAUCCUGCAGGGGAGUCGGCAACUCAGGAAUUCUGCACUGAGAGAGGAAGUGGGUUUGGGUCUGUCUCGGAGACUUGUGCGUCAUGUUGCCUAUGAGACUUUGGCGAGAGAGGUGGACCGCAAGUGGUACUUUGACAGUUACACCUACUGUCCACCACCAUGGCUUAUGCUGGCCAUCACUAUAGCAGAGGUUGUUGUCUUUAUGUAUUACGGAUUCCAACUUAACCGCUGGGUUCUCCAAGUGUCAUCACCAUACUUCCUGAAGGGCCCAUUGCCAUACCACCCACAGCUCAGAACUCAGGCCUGGCGCUACCUUAGCUACGUCUUCAUGCACGCAGGAAUUGAACAUCUGGGUCUAAAUAUGGCCAUGCAACUUUUGGUGGGUGUGCCAUUAGAGAUGGUCCACGGAGCUUUGAGAAUCGGCCUGGUGUAUGUGUGUGGCGUACUGGCAGGUUCAUUGGCAGUGUCAGUGACAGACAUGACAGCACCUGUUGUCGGUUCAUCAGGCGGAGUCUACGCUUUGGUCUCCGCCCACCUCGCCAAUGUUGUCAUGAACUGGUCAGGAAUGAAGUGUCAGUUCAAGCUCUUUCGCAUGGCAAUGGCUCUGGUGUGCAUGAGUGUGGAGUUCGGUCGUGCCGUCUGGCUUCGAUUCUAUCCCCCAGCAUUCCCACCAUGCCAUAAUCCCAGCUUUGUGGCCCAUCUGGGGGGUGUGGCAGUGGGCCUCACUCUUGGUGUUGUGGUUCUUCAGAACUAUGAACAGCGUUUGCAGGAACAGUCCUUGUUCUGGAUCUUCUUCAGUGUCUACACACUCUUUAUCCUCUGUGGAAUCUUCUGGAACAUUUUUGCUUACAGUCUCUUGGACGUCAAGUUACCCCCACCUCCAUGAAGGCCGGAGUGUGUGUGCAAAAUGACAGGCAACAGCAUUUAACAGUUGUAAAGGUCAUAAAUGAGAAACAAAUGCUAAAUACCUUACUGCAGCCCUCCUGCAAGUUUGCAGUUUGUGUUAGUGCCUAAACCAUGCCAAGUCAUCAAAGCAGCUAAAACAGCAGAUUCUGAUUUUUAAGCAAUGUUGAAUGUAAAGUUGCAGGAGAAGCUCAAUGGUUGAUGCUUUUUACAGCUAUAUACUUUGUGCCAGCCAUCGAGGGCUAUCAGUGAUAGCACAAGUAUUAAUUUCAAAAUAAAACUUUAGGGUUUAGUAGCUGCUGCUGGCUUGUCAGUUUUUCAAGGUGCCAGGUAAAAUCAUUU